AUGGGGGACAUGUUCAUCAGGCACAUAGAGCUGCUGGGCUACGAGAAGAGGUUUUUCCCCAGCCAACAUUACGUCUACAUGUUCCUGGUGAAGUGGAACGACCUCUCUGAGAAGCUGGUCUACCGUCGCUUCACUGAGAUCUACGAGUUCCACAAAGCGCUUAAGGAGAUGUUUCCCAUCGAAUCCGGCGACAUCAACCCUGAAAACCGCAUCAUCCCGCACCUGCCCGCCCCCAAGUGGUUCGACGGCCAACGGUCAACGCAGAACAGACAGGGCACGCUGGCCGAGUACUGCUACGCGCUGGUGAACCUGCCGCACAAGAUCUCGCGCUGUGGGCACGUCGUGCGCUUCUUCAGCGUGCGGCCGGACGACACGAGCCCCGUCACAGACAGCCAGAUCAAGAAGCCUGAGGUGUUCCUCCUGCCAAAGGACUCCAAGAAAAACCCCACAGACAUCACAGGUCCCAUUGUCCUGCAGACAUAUCGGGUGAUUUCUGACUAUGAGAAGAGCUCUCGCUCUGAGAUGGCUCUGAAAACAGGGGAGAUGGUGGACGUCGUGGAGAAGAGUGAGAGCGGCUGGUGGUUUUGCCAGUUAAAGAACAAGCGAGGCUGGGUGCCAGCAGCCUAUCUGGAGCCCAUAGAUGGUCCUGAUGAAUCUGAAGAGCAGGAGCCCAACUAUGCAGGUGAGCUCUACACUGUGCAGAAAAGCUACACAGCCAUCGAGGAGGACGAGCUGACUCUCAAAGAGGGAGAUACUAUAGAAGUCAUCCACAAGCUACUGGAUGGCUGGUGGGUUAUCAGGAAGGAUGAAGCCACGGGUUUCUACCCCUCCAUGUACCUACAGAAAUCUGGGGAGAACAGUCCGGUGAAGAGCGAGCUGAGGAACCGGAGUGCUCCUCCUCGCAGAUCCACCAUCUGCAAUGCAAAGAGCAUCCACAAUCAGAGACGCAAGCAGAUCAGCCAGGAGACCUACAGGCGCAACAGCAGGAAGUACAUCCAGAGCCGGAGAAAUAUGAAGUGCUGAGCUGUCUCCACAUCUGCUUCACCUGCAGUUGAGAAAAACGAGCAGGAAGAAAACAGGUCCAAGGCUCAGCCUGCUGUUCCUCCCCGGCCCAGCAAAGACCUCAUCAUGAACCGCUGCACGGAGAGUACCAGGAGGAAGAUCCUGUGAGGCUCGCCCACGCCGAGCAAGUAGAUGCAUUGCCCCUGGUUUUGCCUGUGCAAAAACAAGGGACGGAGAGCCCGAAACUCUGCUGGGGGAGCUACAGAAGAGCUGCAGUCUGUAGGGAACGGCAGACUGAGGAGGCUGCAGCUGGGGCCUCACGUUAACUCAAGAGCAUGUCUGAGAUGUCCUACAUAAAUACAGCGAGCACUGUGCCUUGGGCCUUCCUGAGGGCUGAGGAUUCCCAGAGCCUGAUGGAGCUAUAUUUAAUAGGCUACUUUUGUCCUUUCUAAAUCCCUGGUUUGUAUUUUGGAUGAUUUCAUGGUAUUCAAAAUUACCAGCUUUCUACCACAAGGGUUUUGUGUCUUCAGUUCCUUCAAGAAAACAGUUGUGAACUACCCUGUAAAUAAUUUGUACAAAGUCAAAUGUAGAAAGAAUCCUUUGUAUAUAUUGUUUUGGUGCUUUUAACGGUCUUUCAGUGCUUUUAUUAAUGCAGCCCAGCAGCAUACAUGGACCUGUGAGGAGCAGUUGCACCCACUGCAUAGGCCAGGCCU